GGGUGCUCGCGACUCCGUGAGUGGGUGCUGGUGACUCGGUGAGUGAGUGCUCGUGACACAGUGGGUAGGGUGCUUGUGACACAGUUAGUGGGGUGCUUGUGGCACGGUGAGUGCUGGUGACUGGUUUUAUGGAGUGCUUGUGGCUCAGCUGAGGUGCUUGUGGCUCAGUUGGUGAGUGCUUGUGACUUUUCGAGUGGGUACUUGUAACUUGCUGACUGUGGUGCCUCUCAAGCUCAGUCACUGGGGUGCUUAGAGCUGAGUGACGGGGGUGCUGGUUGCUCAGUGGAUACAGAGAUGACAGAUUGAUGGUCGGCAGAGCGUAUGUGUGUGGGAUGAUUGGCGGAGUGGAUGGAGGGGCGGGGCCAGUAGUGGAGCCUGUGGGUGAGCCAGACUCAGUGAUGAUGUCACUAAUGUUGGCUUGUCUGGACCCCAGAGCAUCAUGGGACCUCAUGACGUCACAAGUCUAAGCAGAUGGGGAGCAAAGGAUUUUGGGAGGGAGACACAAGCCACUGAAUCCUGAUGUCUCCAAGAACCCAAAUGGCCCUGCGCUGGACUGAGGGAUGGCGUCAUCGGAAGUGUUCAUGCCCCCAACCCAGAACAUGAUGGGACCUCAUGAUGUCACCAGGUGUCACUUCCGCCCUGUCCGUGAUUGACAGCCAUUGUUCCUGUAGCGUCAUCACAGGCUUGUGGACCAGGAGGUCAAUCAUCUGGACUUGGGCGAUGGACGGCAGGUGGUUGAUUGACAGGAGUUGGCUCCACGAUUUCCAGCACUCACUGCGCCUUCUGGUCUGGAUUGUGCCACGUGAUGCGUCCUGUGUUGUGCACGUUUCCCAACCUGCAGAUGAGGAAGCUGGGAGGGAGUCGGGACAGACUGAAAGACAGACAGCCGUACGGAGGUCCCUGCGGGCCUCCCACCUCUCUCCCCACGGCUCAGGGCUGCUCACCCUUGAGCCUGGGCAGGAGCACCGGGAGCAGGCCAUCAUUGUGGGCAAUCCCCUGCCGUCAGUGUCGCCAUGCCUAUGCCGUGUGUGGCCUUACUGUGCCAGGCCCUACUGUGUGCUGCUCUGCUUCAGGCUUCCGGCUCCAAGGCACAGGAGCUUCCAGCACUGACUCGCGGGGGAGCCUCGGUGCUGAACGUGACCUUUGACCCCGGGACCUGGACCCUGACCUGGAGCUGCGGAGGGCACGUCACUGUGAAGUCAUGCACUGCAACUUUCACCAAGAGUAACGGGAGAUUGGGGCGCCUGAAGAUACCGGACCCUGUGUGCCACUGCCAAUUCAAACCCCUGACCCUUCACCUUGGGGUCACGCUGGAGGUCAACGCAACUGUUAAUCACAUGCCUGUGCAUGAGAAGCUGAGAUACAUCAACAGAGGUGUAGAGGGGUCGGCAGCACAGAACCUCACAUGCUUCAUCCACGAUGCGCGUGUAAUGACGUGUACCUGGGGGGUAGGGCCCGCAGCACCUAGGGACAUCCAGUACUUCCUGCACAUGCGGAACACCACGGGUCACAUGCUGAUGGCAUGCCCUGCCUACCUGGGUGAUCAUGUGCACACGGGCUGCCGCCUGGAGGAUCUGACUCUGCUGCCACAUCAUGUGCACAUGACUGUGACUGGAUCCAGCCGGAUGUGUGACAUCAUGUUCUAUGACAUCACGCUGAACACCAAGCUCAUAGAGCGUCUCAGCCCCCCGUGGAACAUCUCUGUGGCCUGUAACUCCUCUCACUGCGUGGUCACGUGGUCCCAGCCACAGACGUGGAGUCACAUGAGUUUCUCGGACUUCCGGUAUGAGGUGGACAUCCAGAGACAGAACGCAGAACCCGGAAGUGCCAACCCUAAGGUGUGCAUCUCCAGUGAGGCGGAAAACAGAUACGAGUUCCCGAGUCCGGAGCCCAGGCUGGGUCACGUGGUCAGCGUGCGGGCUGGUGACGUGCGCAGCGAUCGCUGGAGCGCGUGGAGCCCCGGCUUGGCCUUCGGCUCUGAGGACCGUGGGGUCCCCAUGCUGCACGUGUACCUGACAGUUGUGACUGUGACCCUACUGUGCGCCUUGGGCCUCGGGCUGGCAUGUAAGAGGUUCGUCAGGAUCCAGAAACUUUUCCCCAAGAUCCCGGAAAUCAAGGACAAAAUCACCGAUGAUGACAGAGUCAACCCGGAGACCCUCAGGAAGGACUUAUUGCUGCAGACCGAGGAGGCCAACUAGGCUGUGACGUCAACAGGAAGUUCUGCCCACACUGCAGGAACACGUGGGCAGCUCCACCACACCCAGAAGUAGUUUCAAAUCUAAAACUGUUUUUCUUUCUUGUUUGUGGCUUUUUUUAUUAAAUCAGAAAUUAAUGUCA